AUGCCGCCACCUGAGCCUGACCGAGGCUCACUGGACGAUAGCUGGGCCUCGAUUGCGGACGUCGAAUCCUCGAACGAAGACGACCUGCAAUCCGAAAAUACCGACGUGGGAUCUCUACUCGAUGUCCACAGCUCAGAUGACAUUCAAAGCGUCUCCGAUGGAAUCCAUAUCAACGAUGUUGCAUCAUCAGACGAAGAGGGCCUCGAGGACACUCUUACGGAAGAACUAGAUCGCAGAUCAACUCUGAAACCUUCGAGUCAGCAAGAAUUGUUCUCCCACCCACCACCUCCUCGGGUCCCCCAGAUAGUUUACUCGGUACAAGACGUUGGACCAAAUGGGCUGGGUCCCAUCUGCAUUUACACAAUCAGCCGACCGCUCGCUGAGGCAGACACCCGAAAAUCACUUCCUCAUGGCCAAGAUGGAAGCAGGUUACAAAGAUACUUCAGUAUCAUUCGAAUGCCUGUAUUAGGAGGUGGGUUAGAUUUGGACGCCCACAAUUACUUCAAGGUCCUCCUCCUUGGCCAACACGUUGAACAAUUCAGGCCAGAAAUUCAGAGAAAGCUCGGUGAUGUUCUGGUCUCACGUCCAGUGACGUCUAACAACACCAGUCCAACAUCCGUGUCGAGGUUCCAUCUGGUUCCUAACACAUUUGGACCUGGAUCAGAACCAGAUUUUGCUGACCUUGUUGCCAUCGAUAAACUGAUUGAUUUUGAUUGCUACGAUUUGGUCCAUUCAUCUAGUGGCCUUGGCCAGCAGGAACAGUUGAUCCUUCAAAACAGUCAAACACACUCGGAGAUCGUCUCAAAGUGGAGUGGUUCCGGAUUCGUGGUCUGCAACCCACGCUGGACACUUCCAGAUCUUGCGAUUAUCUGCGUUCAUCUCGAUGCGGAGGGCAAAAUGAACAGCGACAGUUGCAAGAUGAUUUCCUUCGUGGAGAGACACGGCAUACCUAAGAUUCUCAUCCGGAUGAAUCGAGGCUGGGCUGGUGAUUACCGAGAUUGUGUGAACGCUGACUCUCUACACGAAUGCAUUGAAACCCGAACUCUGCCGCCCCGGCUGUUGCAGCACAAGGUUUCUCCAAAAUUACCCCUGGAUAUGGCGGCAUUCUUGAAUUUGGAUGCUACCGCCCUUAACAAGCACAUCGCUUAUGCUGUGUCAAGCGCUGAGCAAACCCGCGCUGGCGAGAUCGACGACUUGGAUCUCUUAUCGAAGGAGCAUCACGAGAAGCCGUCGGGUACCUUCAGCACUUUCCCACGAGCCAAUGCUUUCCUCAUUAAGAAUGUCUUCAUCGUCCUCUGGAUUGUCGGCGUGUACAGCUUUCUGGGGCUCCGCUUAUGGCCUAUAUUGUCGGACCCAACUCCAGGCGCGACUACUGGCGACAUUAUGGCGAACAUUACAGUGCAGGAGCAAGCACGAUCAACGGGAACGCAACUAUCUAUGUCAACAUUCGCAACUUUCACCGACAGUCCUAGAAAUGAAAACCAGGUUGCUCAACAACUACUUGACAUUGCUUCGAUUAAUGUUGUCCCUGCAGUUGCCGAUGAUGCCCUGCAUUUUCAAGUUAGUAUCGCAGGCGAAAGCCAAUUACUGGUCAGACUACCCAAGAUUGCCCUAAGUCGCAAGAAGCGGUCUCCGUUGUCUGUUGAGCUGAAGCGGGAAAACCAGACCGUUCCUGUCUCGGUACAUGAACUCCUUGAUGGGGUUUUCGGUGUCCUGCUGCAACCACAUGAUACAUAUGGUGAUAUCGAAGUCAACCUGACCAUGAGUAAACCGCAAAUUAGUGAGACGCUCACCGUUUCCUUUGGGGACCGACCAAGCUCUGAGUUCCAGCGCUUGAAAGAGCUUUUUGGAAUGCUGAGCGGACAUAUUCAUGAGACGACCUUGAGCAUUUCAAGUUUUUGGAAGGAUAUGCGAGAACGUAUGACCCUGGAUGAUCUUCGUUCGCUUCCGAGGCUCGCCAGGGAAAAAGUGCAGCAACAAAAAUCGACAAAUUCGAUAUGGCAACUCUUGGACAUAUCAACACUUUCAGAUGGCCAAUCGAGGCUGAGAAGAGAAAUGCAGACUUUAAACAAGGAAAUGGUCCGAAUGGCCCAAAGCUACGUUAUGCCAGGAAGGAAACUCGGUGACGUAUUGUCCGAGGGGCUUUUCAAUGCUCGAUUGCGCCUACUUGGAGCGAUUGAAUCUGUGGAUAUCCCGAGAUUUUCCCCGAAUUUUGACAACAAAGCGAUUCUUCACCGGCUGGCUGCUGCCCAAGGAAGAGCAAGGCAGAUUGUGACCAAGGCAACAAAGAAAUUUAGAGCACCAAAUGCACUUGCUUGA